GUCCAGGAUAGGAAGGAACGCUGACAGUUGGACUGGACUCUCAUCAGACAGCGUUGUUGUGCUCUUGUCACCAGAAGAGGCAGAAAGGACGUGGAGUCUGUGCGUCGGAGUGUGCUGGGCAGCAUGCAUCGUAUUCCGAUCUCGCUCGUGCUCUUGGGCCUCUUCCUUGGGCUCUUAUCUCUGACAGGUGCAGAUCAAGUGGACGACAAAGUGAGUCGGGAGAAGCGCGACAUGCCCAACUGGAGCUACUCGGCUUCGGACUUCUUUGCCUGGGUGGAACAACUCCGCUCUCACGCUGGCUACGAAAAGAUGGACGAGCUGGCCAGGACAUUCUGGGCCCACUUCCCUUCGGCGGCACGACUGGGCUAUGAACAGCCCCACUCUGAUGAGUGAGCAAGAGGCGCUAGGAGAGACAGCGAUAAACUCUGUAUAUAUAAAAAGAAAUGAAUUGUAAUCACUAAAGGCUUGUUGUUGUUAUCGAAUUAAUUGAAUUAAACUGUAUGGAGAUGAAAGAAAAAUUAACCUGAA